GUUUUUCCAGAUGGCGCGGUUGGUCGGCUGGGUAUUGUCCACGGCCAUAAUGUUCUCGGUGGUUUACGGCCUGUAUCCCGGAAAUUUAACCGUGCCAUUGAGUUCCGUGUACGCCGCCUUAGGGCACACCGCAUGGGCGAUCGGUGUAUCCUUCAUCGUGAUUCAAUGCUGCACCGGCUCCGCCACAAUGAUCGACAGCCUGUUGUCGCUCAGACUGAUAUAUCCGCUAUCGAGGCUGACUUACUGCGCCUACCUGGUGCAUCCUAUCAUCAUGUUGAUCACAGCCAGCCAGAUGGAUGGCCCGUUGCAUUUGCACAAUGACAUCGUGCUGAUUCUAUACUUUGGCAACCUGGUCGCCUCUUACUUGAUGUCGUUCUGCAUCUCAAUCGCGUUCGAGGCGCCAAUAGUGAAUCUGCUCAAAAUCGCUUUCACCUCGAAGAAGAGGAUAAGGUAGAGAGGCGCAAGA